UGCGACACUGGGGUAACUUAAUGGAGGACUAUCUUUCCUACCCAUGGUGAAUUGUGAACAAAUAAUCUUCUGCUUUUGAAGAUUUUGAGGGAGCAAUCACUCAUUACCUGGUCGGCUGUCAAAUGUUUGGUGAUCGACUAGAAAUGCCUUGGAGGUCGAUCGCGAAUGGUCCGGUUGGUGACCACUGCAGUAAAGUACUGAGUACUGAGGCAGAGGGUUCGUAGUGAGGACGACUGGCUACUACUCGGAACUGUGUGUGGUGAGCUUUCUGGCGCCCAGAGCUGCUGAGGCAUCAUCUAAGUGGGUGCCAAACAUUGUAAAGGAGGAGGUCCAGUAGCUACACGACUCAGGCUGGUUCCCAGAGUAGCCCUCUAUAUCAGUGUUUCCCAACCGGGGGUACGUGGGAAGAUUUAGUAAAAAAAAUUCAAGAAAGAAUGUUUCUCAUGGGGUACGUGGGAACAUAAAAAAAAAAAAAUUGUAGUGCGUGUGCAUUACUCUGUCUACCGGCCUCUGCCCGCCGCUCGUGCCUAGUGCAGGUGAUCCUUUGUUCUGUGCGUUAGAGUGCCUGCAGCUGUUUAUCCUCACAGAAACUAUGAUUGAUGCACUGAAGAUUGAACCAUUGUCAAAUAACACAGUGUGCUGUGGGAGUUGAUAUUGUUGAUCAAGUGGUUAAAAAAAAAAGAGCAAAAUCUGGAUAGGAAGUCCUGUGUUUAUGUGUGCACGGAUUGUGCUGCAUCAAUGCCUGGGAGAGUGAAAUGAUGAAUUGCCCACAUAAAGAAGGUAAAUCCCAUUCACAGAGAGGCGUUGGUCAGUAAGAGAAUGAGUCCUGAGUUACAUGAUGUUUUGAGUGACGCAGUGAAAGUGAUUAGCUUAAUCCAGUCCUCUGAAUUACCAACUGUUUGAAAGGCUCUGUGAUUACAGUGGGAAUGAGCACCAGCAGCUACUACUUCACACCGACGUCCGUUUGCUAUCCAGAGGGAAAACGCUACAGAGGCUUUUUGAGCUGCGCGCCGAAUGUCUGCAGAUCAGAGCGACUCAAGGAUGGCGACAGACACUGCGUCCCAGCAGACUCCUGGCUCCAGGAUCAUCACCUUUCACCCUACGAAGGAGGAGUUUAAGGACUUCAGCCGUUACAUCGCCUACAUGGAGUCACAAGGAGCUCACCGAGCUGGAAUGGCUAAGGUUAUUCCACCCAAAGACUGGAAGCCCAGACGUACCUAUGAUGACAUAGAUGACCUGGUGAUCCCUGCUCCUAUACAGCAAGUGGUGACUGGCCAGUCCGGUCUCUUCACACAGUACAACAUCCAAAAGAAACCCAUGACAGUCCGGGAGUUCCGCAAGACUGCCAACACAGACAAGUUCUGUAACCCCCGAUAUGUGGAUUUUGAUGAGCUGGAGAGAAAGUUUUGGAAGAACCUGACUUUUAACCCCCCUCUCUAUGGAGCGGAUGUCAAUGGAACACUCUAUGAUCCAGAUGUGACAGAGUGGAACAUUGGUCAUCUGAACACUAUCCUGGACACGGUGGAGAGGGAGAGUGGGAUCAAGAUCAAAGGGGUAAACACUCCUUACCUGUAUUUUGGCAUGUGGAAGAGUACCUUCGCCUGGCACACUGAAGACAUGGAUCUCUACAGCAUCAACUACCUUCACUUUGGAGAGCCCAAGUCCUGGUAUGUUGUUCCCCCUGAACAUGGGAAGAGAUUGGAGCGUCUCACUAAAGGGUUUUUCCCUGGGAGUGCUCAGAGCUGUGAAGCUUUCCUGCGGCACAAGAUGACUCUAAUCUCACCCUCCAUCCUGAAGAAAUAUGGCAUACCAUUUGAGAAGAUCACCCAGGAGGCAGGCCAGUUCAUAGUGACCUUCCCUUUCGGCUACCAUGCUGGUUUCAACCACGGCUUCAACUGUGCGGAGUCCACUAACUUUGCCACGCAGCGAUGGAUUGAUUAUGGCAAAAUAGCCGCACUGUGCUCAUGCCGUAAGGACAUGGUGAAGAUCUCCAUGGAUGUGUUUGUUAGGAAGUUCCAACCAGACCGCUACAAGGCAUGGAAGGCAGGGAAGGACAACAUUCCUAUUGACCACUCCAAGCCCACGCCAGAGGCUGCUGAGUUCCUGAAGGGAGAGAAGACGGGGGAGCCUGGAAAGGAGGGUCCAAGCCCCAGCGAGGCCCCUGACCAGGAGGAGGAUACCCCAGGCACCACUGCUCAGGAGGAGAAGAGCAGCCUGAAGCCGAAGGUUGGGAAAAAGUGCCAGCGAGAAUCAGUUGUGGAGGCAGCAGAGGAUGAAGACACUGAGCAGGCUGAGGAGGAAGGAGAGGUGGAGCAAAAGAAAGCCAAGCUGGAGAAGUGGAGUGGACACAGCCCGGCACACAAAGAGCCGAAGCCAGAGGACGUUAAAAAUGAGCAAAUAAAGCUACCACCCAACGCAAAGACCAACCGAAACACAAACGCCAGCCGAAAGCUAGCACUCCAGAUGAAAGCCAAUAACUCUAUUAAAUCCCCUCAAAUUAAGUCUCAGCCACAGAUUAACAGUCAGUCAACCCAAUCAGCAGUACCAGGCCCCUCCUCCCAGAGCUCAGAGAAGGCCGGCCACAGUGAGGAUGUGAAGCCUCCAGCACCAGCCAAUAGCUCCAGCCCUGCCCACCGGCUCUUCCAGAGGACCCUGAGCCCGGCAGACGUGCUGCACGUCCACAGCUACGCCAAGGGAGACUACAGCGAGGGAGAGACCAAUGAGAGCAAGGAGGAGAUGAGGAGCGAUAGUAGUGAUAGUGAAGGAGAGGAACGGGACGACAGCAAGGGGGCAGAAGAGGGAGCGGGGGAUGACGGCGUGCAAAGCAAACUGGGGAAGCUGCCUCGCCAUCACCCUCUGAUGAAGGACAGCAUGAGUGAUGAGGAGCUGCCAGAGCAGCCUCCAGUAGAGGAAGAUGGGUUAGAGGGAGAGUUGUGGGCCAAGCCCCUCGCCCACCUGUGGCAGAACAGACCCCCCAGCCUGAAGAGAGAGAAGGAGUACAACCGUCGCAUGGGCCUCCAGGUCCCAUACUGCUCCGUAUGCUCAUUGUUCCAGACCUACCAGCGGACGGAGUGUGCUGAUGUCUGUAAGGACACUCCAGUGGUGUUGCCUGGAGGCAGACUGAGGACUAAGCCUCUGAUCGCUGAGAUGUGUUUCACUACCACCACCGAGCCAGAGGAGGGUGCUGAGGAGCAGGCGCUUGGAGCCCCGGCACCCACCACCCCUCACCUGGAGCCAGACGGCACCAGCCUGCUCAUCAGCUGCUCCCACUGCAGUGUCCGCAUACAUACCAGCUGUUAUGGCGUGGAUCCAAAGAGUGUGACUAAGGACUGGAAGUGUGCUCGCUGUAAGGCCAACGCCAUGACUGAGAGUUGCUGUUUGUGUUCGCUGAGGGGUGGAGCCUUGCAGAAAGCCAACAACAACAAGUGGGUCCAUGUGCUGUGCGCAGUAGCAGUGUUGGAGGCUCGCUUUGUGAACAUCACUGAGAGAAGCCCUGUGGAUCUGAGUGGGAUUCCUCUACAGAGGUUUAAACUGAAAUGUUACUAUUGUAAGAAGCGGCUGAAGAAGACGUCCGGGUGCUGUGUACAGUGUUCCCAUGGCCGCUGUCCUACGGCCUACCACCCUACCUGUGCCCAGGCCGCUGGGGUCCUCAUGCAGCCAGACGAGUGGCCUUUCGUGGUCUAUGUCACCUGCUGCCGGCACAAAGGCCCUAUUCAGACAGAGCGUAACAAAGCAGCCAUGCAUGAGCUCACUGUGGGACAGAGGGUGAUCUGUAAGCACAAAAAUGGCCGCUACUACCAGUGUGACGUGGUGCAGCUGUCCAAGGAGACAUUCUAUGAGGUCAACUUUGAUGACGGUUCCUUCAGCGAUAACCUCUUUCCUGAGGACAUUGUGAACCGGAAUUGUGCCCAGCUAGGCCCCCCACCGCAGGGGGAGGUGGUGCAGGUCCGGUGGACAGAUGGUCUAGUCUACGGGGCCAGGUUUGUGGCUGCUCACAUCAUCCAAAUGUACCAGGUGGAAUUUGAAGACGGGUCACAACUAACAGCCAAGAGAGAUGAUGUCUAUACCCUGGAUGAGGAGCUGCCCAAGAGAGUCAAGUCAAGACUGUCCAAGGCGUCAGACAUGCGUUUUGAUGGUAUCUUUGAGGACAAGGAGGCCAUCCAGCAGUCGAAGAGGCAGAGAGUGAUCAACUCACGGUACAGAGGAGACUACAUUGAACCUGUGAUCUACAGAGCCAUCAUGGAGUAGCCUGCCAACUACAGCAUGGAGAAGCCUACUCCUCCAACAAACCACCAGCACUGAUAUUCCUGAUCCAGACUUCUCCUCACUUUACCUUAAUUUAUCCACUGAGUGAGUAAGUGUAGCUCUGACUAAAGGACUUCCUCUGAAAAUAACUUUCCAACCCCUAGUUUGGACUGUUUGUUUUUCUUUUUCUUCAAUUCAUCCCUUCAUCAUUUCAGCAUUAUGCACCGGUUUCCCAGACACUGAUUAAGCCUAGUCCUGGACCAAAAAUAUAUUUCAAUGGAGAUGCUUUUUAGCCCAGGACUAGGCUUGAUCUGUGUCCGGGAAACCUGUCCCUAUGGUUAUUACCAUCCAUGUCAUGUUUUAUGUGACCCUGCCGGUGCCCAGUAGCAGUAACUUGUAUCUUGAAUGGAAGUGAUAUCGGACCUUGAAUUUUGCUCCCAAACAAGAUGUAGCUUUCUAAUAAUAAUAAUAACAAAAAUUCACUCAAUAUAAUUCAGUGGUAGGAAGGAUUUCCUAAAGGGAGUGAAGCAGACACAAAUGAUACUGCCACUCAUCCUCAUAAACACUUGUGUUUUCUGACUCAAUAUUUGACAGAAUGUUGCCAGUUGUUAAUUUACGUACAUAUGUAUAUAUUUUCCUAUGUAUACUGAACAAAAAUAUUAACACAACAUGCAACAAUUUCAAUGAUUUUACUG